GAAAGAGAAACUGAUCACAAGAUAAUGGCGAACAUUAGAGUACAAAAGGGUCCAGAAUCUCCGAGGACCGAGGUCGGAGAGAUAGACACAAGAGCCCCGUUUCAGUCGGUGAAAGCUGCGGUGAGCUUGUUUGGUGAAGUAGUCUCAAGACAAAGAAGUACUACAAGAAGGUCUCGUCUCUCCUCUGAGAGCGUUUGCGACAAAGAAACACAGCUAAUGCUAGCCCACAAGCAAUUCCUCAAGAUAAAACAAAAGCUAGACAACGCUGAGAUCACAAGAUCUCGUGCUCUCUCCGAUCUCUCAAACGCCAAGAAGACAAUGGAGGAGCUUACCAACAAGCUCGAAGCUGUUAACAAGUCUAAACAAUCCGCUAUUGACACCAAAGAAACAGUCCAACAGCGAGAAGACCAGCUUGAGCAUGACAAGUCACAUGGCUCUCCUCCUCACCACCACGAGCUUGACGUUGCAAGAGAACAAUAUCUCUCCACCACCAUUGAACUCGACGCCGCAAAGCAGCAGCUCAACAAAAUCAAACAGAGCUUUGACUCCGCUAUGGACUUGAAAGCCACGGCACUAAACCAAGCCGCAGAAGCGAAACGUGCGCUACAAGUAAACUCAGCCAAGGUCAACGAGCUUUCCAAAGAGAUUGGUGAUAUGAAAGACGCGAUUCAUCAGCUCAAGCUAGCAGCCACUCAGAAUCUUGAAGAGUAUGCUAAUAUCGUUAAGGAGAAAGAUGACUUAAGAGAAUGUUACAAAACGGCAGUUGAGGAGGCAGAGAAGAAGCUACUAGUGUUGAGGAAAGAGUAUCAGCCUGAGCUCUCAAGGAAUCUUGAAGCUAAACUGAUUGAAACAACCUCAGAGAUCGAGGUUUUGAGAGAAGAGAUGAAGAAGGCUCAUGAAUCUGAGAUGAACACGGUCAAGAUCAUUACAAACGAGCUUAACGAGGCUACGAUGAAACUGCAAGAAGCUGCUGAUGAGGAAGGCUCUCUAAGAAACUUGGUGAAUUCCUUAAGGAUGGAGCUUGAAGAUAUGAGAAGAGAGCGCGAAGAGCUGCAGCAGAGAGAAGCAGAGAGGUUAGAGGUUGAGGAGAGGAAGAAGGUGGAAGCUCUCAAGGAAGAGAGCUUGAGACUCGAGGAGAAGAAGCAAGAAGCUUUGGUAGCAAGAAACGAAGCUGAAGAGAUGAAUAGAAAGAUAGAGAACUUGAAGAAAGAAACCGAUUCCGCGAUGAUAGCUGCGGAGGAAGCAGAGAAGAGACUAGAGCUUGUUAUAAAAGAAGUGGAAGAGGCUAAAGCAGCUGAAGAGAAGGUUAGGGAGGAGAUGAAGAUGAUAUCGCAGAAGCAAGAGAGCAAGAAACAGGACGAAGAAUCGUCCGGUUCGAAGAUAAAGAUCACAGUGCAAGAGUUUGAGUCUUUGAAACGAGGAGCAGGGGAGACAGAGAAAGCAGUGGAGAAGAAGUUGGGAGAUAUAGCAGCUGAGCUUGAAGAGAUCAAUAAAAGAAAAGCAGAAGCGGAUAACAAGCUUGGAGCUAGCCUUAAAGCUAUAGAGGAGAUGAAGCACGCAACGGACUUGGCUCAGAAGGCAGCAGACUCAGCAGAAGCUGCAAAGAGCGUAGUGGAAAGUGAGUUGAAGAGAUGGCGUCAAAAAGAAAAUGUACAACAUGCUUAG